CUCUUUCUUACCCAUAAUGCUUUGUGGGGACGUUGACAAGUGGAUCCAAGAUGGCGUAGAAAGUAAUGACAGGAAUUGGAUGAAGUAAUUGAUCACUAAUGAACUACACUGCUGGUGAGAUGUGUAAGAAAUUAUAAAGAGCUCUGAUGGGCUAUUUGGGUGAUACCCAGUGCAGUGAACUGCAGGAUUUUUGUCCCUGAGUCAUGGAAGACAGAAGAGCUGAAAAGUCAUGUGAACAAGCAUGUGAGUCACUAAAGAGGCAGGACUAUGAUAUGGCCCUCAGGCACUGCACAGAGGCCCUCCUUUCUCUUGGCCAGUAUGCCAUGGCCGACUUCACAGGGUCGUGCCCACUGGAGAUAGAGCGCAUCAAAAUCGAGAGUCUUCUUUACAGAAUUGCCUCAUUUUUGCAACUGAAAAACUAUGGGCAAGCUGAUGAAGAUUGUAGGCGUGUGCUGGGGGAAGGACUGGCCAAGGAUGAUGGCGCCUUUCGGGCCAUGCUUUGCUGCAUGCAGCUGAAUGGAAAGCUCCAACCUGUGUCCACCAUUCUUGCCAAGUCUCUAACAGGAGAAUCCCUGAAUGGAAUGGUAACAAAAGAUUUGACAAGGCUGAAAACACUUCUCAUAGAAACAGAGACAGCCACUAGUAACGUCCUCUCUGGAUAUAAUGUGGAAGACCUAGAAGAGGGGUCUUGUAAUGGUUGGCAUUUCCGCCCACCACCUAGGGGAAUCACAAGCAGCGAGGAAUAUACUUUGUGUAAAAGAUUCUUAGAGCAAGGAGUCUGUAGGUAUGGUGCUCAGUGCACUUCCGCACAUUCCCGGGAAGAACUGGCAGAAUGGCAGAAAAGAUACGCCUCCCGGUUGAUAAGGUUGAAGCAGCAGAGUGAGAAUAAACAGCUCGCAGGCAGUUACAUGGAAACCUUGAUAGAAAAAUGGAUGAAUUCAUUAUCUCCUGAGAAAGUGCUUAGUGAAUGUAUAGAAGGUGUAAAGGUAGAACAUAAUCCUGACUUGUCUGUUACUGUCAACACCAAAAAAUCUCAUCAGAUAUGGACUUUUGCUCUGACUUGUAAGCCUGCAAGAAUGCUGUAUCGGGUAGCAUUGCUUUAUGACGCUCAUCGUCCUCAUUUUAGUAUCAUUGCAAUAUCUGCCGGAGAUAGUACUACCCAGGUAUCACAAGAAGUCCCAGAAAACUGUCAAGAAUGGAUAGGAGGAAAGAUGGCCCAAAAUGGAUUAGAUCAUUACGUGUAUAAAGUCGGGAUAGCAUUUAACACAGAAAUAUUUGGAACUUUUCGCCAAACUAUAGUUUUCGACUUUGGAUUGGAACCAGUACUCAUGCAAAGAGUAAUGAUUGAUGCAGCUUCUACAGAAGAUCUUGAAUACCUGAUGCAUGCAAAACAACAGCUAGUAACCACAGCUAAACGCUGGGAUUCUUCUUCUAAGACUAUUGUAGAUUUUGAGCCUAAUGAAACUACUGAUUUGGAGAAGAGCCUUCUUAUCAGAUACCAGAUUCCUCUCUCUGCUGACCAGCUCUUUACCCAGUCCGUUUUAGACAAAUCAUUGACCAAGACCAACUAUCAGUCAAGGUUGCACGACCUCCUUUAUAUCGAGGAGAUAGCCCAGUAUAAAGAAGUCAGCAAAUUCAACCUAAAAGUGCAAUUGCAGAUUCUAGCAAGCUUCAUGCUCACUGGAGUUUCUGGAGGUGCAAAGUAUGCCCAGAACGGACAACUUUUUGGUCGUUUUAAGCUUACUGAGACACUUUCUGAAGACACUUUGGCUGGACGACUGGUGAUGACCAAAGUCAAUGCUGUUUAUUUAUUACCAGUUCCUAAAGAAAAGGUAGUACAGAGCCAGGGAACCAAAGAGAAGGUUUAUGAAGCUACUAUUGAAGAAAAAACAAAAGAAUAUAUAUUUUUACGGUUAUCCAGGGAAUGCUGUGAAGAACUCAGUCUUCGGCCUGACUGUGACACACAGGUUGAACUUCAGUUUCAAUUAAAUCGAUUACCCCUCUGUGAAAUGCAUUAUGCACUAGACAGGAUCAAGGACAAUGGUGUAUUGUUCCCAGACAUCAGUAUGACUCCCACUAUACCUUGGAGUCCCAACAGACAAUGGGAUGAACAGUUGGAUCCUCGACUAAAUGCAAAACAGAAAGAAGCUGUUCUGGCCAUUACCACUCCGCUUUCCAUCCAGCUGCCACCUGUCCUUAUCAUUGGACCCUACGGGACGGGCAAAACAUUUACACUAGCUCAAGCUGUCAAGCAUAUACUGCAGCAGCAGGAAACUAGCAGGAUUCUCAUUUGCACCCAUUCUAAUAGUGCUGCUGAUCUCUACAUAAAGGAUUAUUUACAUCCAUAUGUAGAAGCAGGCAAUCCCCAGGCAAGACCUCUCAGGGUAUAUUUCCGAAAUCGCUGGGUGAAGACUGUCCACCCAGUUGUCCAUCAGUACUGUUUGAUCUCAAGCACACAUUCCACCUUUCAGAUGCCACAGAAAGAAGAUAUUCUUAAACACCGAGUAGUGGUGGUGACUUUGAAUACUUCACAGUACCUCUGUCAGUUGGAUCUUGAACCUGGCUUUUUUACGCACAUUCUAUUAGAUGAAGCUGCUCAGGCCAUGGAGUGUGAAACUAUUAUGCCCCUAGCAUUAGCAACUAAAAGCACUCGUAUAGUUUUGGCUGGCGAUCAUAUGCAGCUCAGUCCUUUUGUUUACAGUGAAUUUGCCAGGGAGAGAAACCUUCAUGUUUCAUUACUUGAUCGACUUUAUGAGCAUUACCCUGCUGAGUUUCCAUGUAGGAUCCUUCUGUGUGAGAACUACCGCUCCCAUGAAGCUAUCAUCAACUAUACCUCUGAGCUUUUCUAUGAGGGCAAACUGAUGGCCAGUGGAAAGCAACCAGCACACAAGGAUUUCUAUCCACUGACCUUCUUUACAGCACGAGGGGAAGAUGUACAAGAAAAAAAUAGCACAGCCUUUUAUAAUAAUGCCGAGGUAUUUGAAGUGGUGGAACGUGUGGAAGAGUUAAGAAGGAAGUGGCCAGUAGCAUGGGGGAAGUUAGAUGAUGGCAGCAUUGGUGUGGUGACUCCAUACGCUGAUCAAGUGUUCAGGAUACGUGCUGAACUUCGAAAAAAGAGAUUAUCUGAUGUUAAUGUAGAAAGGGUGCUAAAUGUUCAAGGAAAGCAAUUCAGAGUUUUGUUUCUUAGCACAGUACGUACAAGACAUACUUGUAAACAUAAGCAGACACCAAUUAAAAAGAAAGAACAACUUCUGGAAGAUUCUACAGAGGACUUAGAUUAUGGGUUUUUAUCUAACUACAAGCUUCUCAACACUGCCAUCACAAGAGCACAAUCCCUUGUUGCCGUGGUGGGAGAUCCCAUUGCACUGUGCUCCAUUGGAAGAUGCAGGAAGUUUUGGGAGCGGUUUAUCACCCUGUGUCAUGAAAAUAGCAGCCUACAUGGGAUCACAUUUGAACAGAUCAAGGCUCAGUUAGAGGCUUUAGAACUAAAGAAGACAUAUGUGUUGAAUCCACUGGCUCCUGAGUUUAUCCCCCGGGCUCUAAGACUGCAGCAUUCAGGAAACAGCAACAAACAGCAGCAAUCACCACCCAAGGGGAAAAGCCUCUAUCAUACCCCAAAUGAUCAUUUCCAGAAUGAUGGAAUUGUUCAGCCUAAUCCUUCCGUACUUAUUGGCAAUCCUAUUAGAGCCUAUACUCCUCCACCCCCUCUUGGACCUCACCCAAAUUUGGGAAAAUCUCCAAGCCCUGUUCAGAGAAUUGAUCCUCACACUGGGACAAGUAUUCUUUACGUACCUGCUGUCUAUGGAGGGAAUGUAGUUAUGUCGGUGCCUUUACCUGUGCCAUGGACAGGAUACCAGGGUAGGUUUGCAGUUGAUCCUCGAAUCAUCACACAUCAGGCAGCUAUGGCCUACAAUAUGAACCUCUUACAGACGCAUGGACGGAGGUCUCCUAUACAUUAUGGCCUUGGACAUCACCCACCUGUCAGCAUAGGGCAGCCACAGAACCAGCACACUGAGAAGGAUCAGCACGAGCAAAGUCGAAAUGGUAAGAGUGAUACAACUAAUCAUGCACCUGAAAUUAAUAAGAUUCGCACACCAGAGAAAAAACCUCCAGAGCCAAAACAGGUUGAUUUGGAAUCACAUUCACAGAACAGAAGUCCUGAAUCACGUCCUGCUGUUGUUUAUCCCAAUACCAAAUUUCCUCGCAAAGAUAAUCUCAACCCAAGACAUAUAAAUCUUCCUCUUCCUGCUCCCCAUGCGCAAUAUACAAUCCCUACUCGUCAUUUUCAUGCCCUUCCCCAGCUACCACGACCGCCAUUUCCAAUUCCACAGCAACACACCUUGUUAAAUCAACAGCAGAAUAAUUUGCCUGAACAACCAAAUCAAGUCCCACCGCAGCCAAAUCAGGUAGUCCAGCAGCAAAGUCAGUUGAAUCCGCCGGCCCAGCAGCCACCUCCUCAGCUUUCUCCUGCAUAUCAGGCAGGACCCAACAACACUUUUUUUCAUAAUGCCAUUUCUCAUCAACCACAGUCUCCUCCUGCAGAGACUGUGGUUCCUGAGCAGCAGCCCCCUCCCAUGCUACAAGAAGGCCAUAGUCCUCUGAGAGCCAUUCCUCAGCCUGCCCCCCUCCUUCCUUCUCAUCUGAAUAGCUUCAUUGAUGAGAACCCCCCAGGAUUACCUAUUGGAGAGGCUUUAGAACGAAUACAUGGGAGUGUAGCUCUGGAAACAUUGAGGCAGCAGCAAGCCCGUCUGCAGCAGUGGAGUGAACACCAUGCCUAUCUUAGUCAGGGAGGAAUUCCGUUUCCACACCACCACCCUCACCUCCAGCAUCUUCCUCAGCCGCCUGUGGCACUCCCUCCACCGCCAAUGAGGGCGGACUGGAAGCUCCCCAACAGUGCUGAAGAUGAAGCAGAAACAACAUUCUCAAGGUUUCAAGACUUAAUCAGAGAAUUGUCGCAUCGUGAUCAAAGUGAAACUCGAGAACGAGCUGAAAUGCCACCACCUCAGUCAAGGCUUUUGCAGUACAGACAAGUUCAGGCGAGAAGCCCACCAGCAGCCCCAUCUCCCCCAUCCAGCACAGACCACAGUAGCCACUUUUCUAAUUUUAAUGACAACAGCAGAGACAUUGAAGUAGCCAACAACCCAGCAUUUCCCCAGCGCCUUCCACCUCAGAUAUUCAGCUCACCCUUCUCAUUGCCAUCGGAACACCUUGCCACUCCUCCCCUGAAGUACCUGGGACCCGACGGGGCCUGGGCCUUUGCUAACCUCCAGCAGAGUCACUUGGCAGGGCCGGGCUUUCCUUAUGGCCUCCCUCCGUUGCCUCAUAGGCCGCCUCAGAACCCUUUUGUACAAGUACAAAACCAUCAGCACGCUGUUGGUCAAGAGCCAUUUCUUCCAUUGUCAUCUCGAACAGUAUCUUCUUCUUCGCUCCCUAGCUUAGAAGAGUAUGAGCCCAGAGGACCCGGUCGGCCCUUGUACCAAAGAAGAAUCUCAUCUAGCUCAGUGCAGCCUUGUUCUGAAGAAGCAAGCACUCCUCAAGACGGCCUGGUUCAGUGUAAGGAGCUGCAGGACCAUGGCAACCCUCCGCCUUUUGGCUUCUCAUCCUCAGAGUCCUGGGUCAGCACCACCUCGCCUGCCCCCUAUCAGAACAUUCCGAGCAAUGGAUCCAGCAGGACAGCGCAGCCCAGAGAGUUGGCAGCUCCACCCAAGACUGUUAAGCCUCCUGAGGAGCACGUGAAGUCUGAAAGCCAGGAAGUGUCCAGUUCCUUCAACUACAGUGUGCUGCAACAUCUCGGCCAGUUCCCACCACUCAUGCCCAAUAAGCAGAUCGCUGAGUCGGCCAGCAGCAGCAGCCAGCAGAGCCCUGCGGGGAGCAAGCCAGCCAUGUCCUACGCCAGCGCACUGCGGGCGCCUCCCAAGCCCAGGCCCCCACCAGAGCAGGCCAAGAAGAAUAGCGACCCCCUGGCCCUGUUCCAGGAACUCAGCCUCGGCAGCUCCUCAGGCAGCAAUGGCUUUUAUUCCUAUUUUAAAUAAUCACUUUUUUGUCCUUGAGGGGAAAAUGUUUUAAUUUCUGUUUAUAUUGAUAGAAUUAAGGUAGUUCAACUUCAUCUAUAGAUGCACAGUUCUUUGUUUUAAUAUUAAACAUGUUCUCACUUAAUUGCUUUGCUGCUAGACUUGCAACUAAUUUUUUAAAAGUAUAUUCCAUUAUUUUGCAUUUUUGAUGUGAGUCAAUUUUGACAGCUUUUAUGUAGAAUAAAAAUAUUUUUAAAUUGGUGUAUUGUUAUAUAUGUUUGCAUCAAGCUAGCAGCUAAGAGGUUAAUUGUGCAACUAUUAAAAAAAGAAAAAAAAUUUGUCUAAAAUGUAUUUAAAAAGAAAAAAAAUUGUAAGUAGCAUUUACAUUUAUUCAAUAAUAUUAUGAUAUGCUGGGUUUCUGUACCAGAAAUGGCCAGUUGAUGUACAAAUGUAUGUUAUUUUUGCUCAAAUUCAUUUAAAAUUUUUUUAAAAUAAAGGGGCAGCAUCUUCUAAAUACUUUAAGUUUUAUCAGCUUUUUUUGUGAAGGAUGCUGCAUUCUAAAACGCUGAUGUCUUAGACUGCGCGUCGCGUGCUGUUGUGCUCGCCACCCUCCGGAGGGCAGAGUCAGAGGCGUUCUUUACAGGGGUAUUGUGUAUGCCGCUGUUUUUUGAAGUUGAAAAGAACUUUGGCAUACUUAGUUUUUUGUUUUUUGUGUUUUUUUGGACAAGCUACACUUCAAGCUUGUUUUUAAUGUUAAUUUGAUAGUGUGGCUUUUUAAAACAAAUCAUGAAGCUGAAAAAUUUUUAGGAUUGUUGGUGCUUAGUAGACUUGAUAACUAUUUUAAAAAUGAGUGAAUUUAGUAAAAUCCUUUUUUCUCACUAUGCAUGUGUAAGUGUUUGUAACCUAGCUUCUCCCCCUCCAGUGGUAAGAAGAAUUGUGCUGCUUUAAGAUUUGAUUUUUUUUUUCUCCACUAAACAUUUUGGUACCUAAUUUGAUGUUUACAUUAAAAUGUGACAUUAUAUACAUGGCAAUUCAAAUAUUUUGCUAGGGUUUUUUUUAAUUUGAGGAACAUCAUUUAAAAAUUGUUUGUCAAAGAUUAAUCAAAAUUCAUCAAAUUUUGGGACACAAAACUACCCUUGUUUCUCAUGUCUUUCAGCUCUUCUAAAAUACCCCUAUGGAACUUGUAUAAUAUAUAAAAUUUAAAUCACUAUCUUAAAUAUUCUAUAGUCUGAUAGUUGUCUUGACUGAGCUUUGGUAAGAUCCAAAGAAGAGUGUUUCCCUCUUAAUGGCUUGUGGUCUUACGACACACUGAAGUGAUGCAUGCCCUCAUUAGUCUCCUGAUCACGCAGUACAGCUUUUAUAUUUCAGAAAAAUCUUGAAACUACAGCAUAACUUAAAA